AUGGUCGACGGCCGGGUGAAUGAGCUCGAGUUGGAUGGGCUUGGCCUGACCGGAGCGGUGCCGGCUGAGGUUGGACGCCUGAGCGCGCUGCGGGUGUUGUACCUCAACGACAAUCAGCUGAGGAACGUGCCGGCGGAGAUCGGGCAGCUCACGUCGCUGGUGACGUUGGACCUCCACGCCAACCAGCUGACGAGCGUGCCGGCGGAAAUCGGGCAGCUCACGUCGCUGGUAAGGUUGGACCUCCAAGUCAAUCAGCUGACGAGUGUGCCGGCGGAGAUCGGGCAGCUCACGUCGCUGGCGGGGUUGUUCCUCAGCCGCAACCAGCUGUUGAGUGUGCCGGCGGAGAUCGGGCAGCUCACGUCGCUGGCGCACUUGUACCUCAGCCGCAACCAGCUGACGAGCGUGCCGGCGGAGAUCGGGCAGCUCACGUCGCUGGCGCACUUGUACAUCAGCAACAACCAGCUGACGAGCGUGCCGGCGGAGAUCGGGCAGCUCACGUCGCUGACCGAGUUGUACCUCAACGGCAAUAAGCUGACGAGCGUGCCGGCGGAGAUCGGGCAGCUCACGUCGCUGGAGAAGUUGGAUCUCGCCGGCAAUCAACUGACGAGCUUGCCCGCGGAGAUCGGUCAGCUCAUGUCACUGACCGAGUUGAACCUCCACGCCAAUCAGCUGACAAGCGUGCCGGCGGAGAUCGGGCAGCUCACGUCGCUGACCGAGUUGUACCUCAACGCCAAUCAGCUGACAAGCGUGCCGGCGGAGAUCGGGCAGCUCACGUCGCUGGAGUCGUUGUUCCUCGGCAACAAUCAGCUGAGGAACGUGCUGGCAGAGAUCGGGCAGCUCACGUCGCUGAAGUGGUUGUACCUCGAAGACAACAAGCUGACGAGCUUGCCAGCGGAGAUUGGGCAGCUCACGUCGCUGAUGAUGUUGCACCUCAACGGCAAUCAGCUGACGAGCUUGCCGGCGGAGAUC